CCAAACAAAAAUCGAUGAUUGUUUUUUCGUACCGUGCGUGAUGGUAGGACGCGGAUCGUAAAUGUGGCUGUAUUGAAUAAAAAGUGCUCUAAACCUCAUUUUAGCCAUACUACCGCUGUACAGUUUUGCGUGUGAAAGAUCAUAUCAAAAUCCGGUCUGCCAGUUUGUGAAAAUGACGUAGUUUCCUUGUGACAAAGAAAACACGAACCGAAGCAGUGGGAAACGGGCGGAAUAACAUGCCUUCUCCGAUUGAUCUCGACAGCUUCUAGCCAGCCUUUGUUCGCAUUAAAUUCGUAAUCAUUCCAGUUCCACCUCGCCAUGGAAGUGUUCAUGCAGGAAUUCUCCAUCCCGAAGCAUCAGAUCCGGGAAACGGAGUGCCCGAAUCGGUACGUGCUGCUGGUGCACAAGUCGUGGCUGCGCGCCCUUAGCCAAGGCAAGGUGCCGAAAGAUUUCCCCACCUAUGGCCUGGCCGAUGCACUCGAAUGGCCAACGGAAAACGAAACGGGACCAUGGAGCAAAAUUUAUGCAGCCGUACAUAAAAAACAAAACUGUAAUGUGAUACCACUGCCGAAAAACAAGCAUUUGCACGGGACGACCGGAUCAGGCGUGAACGAUCUACUGCUGUCGCCACUGGGCAGUCCAGGCGAUGGAGAAGACCCGCUUCACUACUCUCAGCUGCUUCAGUACGUUUCGACCACGAAUCAUAAAAACCUAUGGAAGCAGGCGUAUCGAAAGUACGCCGCUUCCCGUCCCGGUAACAUUCCCGCCGGUUCGGCCACGAGCAAUUCCGUCAGCAGUGCAUUCAGCGAACAGCGCGAUUCCGUUAUCAACCACAGUACAAAUGGCACGAAAAAAGUACCAAAUGCGAUCGCCAGUGAUAUUGCCGGCGGAGGAACAAACAUAUCAGCAGCAGCAGCAGCAGCAGCGACGGCGACAGCGCCGACUGCCACCGGAACAUCGGGCGCCCUACCGCACGAUGUCGUCUUUCGGGAAGUGUUGGCCAGAGCCUUCGGUUGUCCCGUGCUCCAAAACAUUGCCGGAAAAGAGGAACACACUUCUUCGCUCCCGCCCGGUGUGGAUGGUCAGCUAAGCAAUGCGAAUCUUUUCCCAGUACUCGCCACCAUAGAAAGCGGAGGCGCAUUUUACAUUCUGUACGAUCUCUAUCUGGCAAACAACCUCCUCGACUGUGUCACGUACAGUCCUGCGAUCGUAGAACGCUCGUACAAUAAGCCGCUCUUCAUUGUCUACCAGCUUCUGCAGCUGAUGAAAAGCUUUCACGACUGUGGCCUCAAUCUGGGCGAUGUUAGCUUGAAGGAUAUCUACACCACUGAGAAUCUCUGGAUCCGGGUGAUGCCGAACCUCGAAGCGAACUUACUCGAGUACGACGAGGAGCUGAUGCGGCAGAUCGGUGAGCUUAGCAUCACGAACCCCUGCGUGCCGGCAUCGUCGGUGGGACUGAUGCGAGUGAGUAUGAGCAAAGAGCUCACGAUGAGCUACUCCCUGAAGGAGUAUUGUGAGAUGUGGUGUCAUGGACAGCUGUCCAACUUUGAUUAUCUCACAAUUCUUAACAAUAUGACCGGGAGACGGGUGGGCUGCGCCGAGUACCAUCACAUCAUGCCGUGGGUGACCGAUUUUUCGUCCCGUUCCGGACAAGCGUGGCGUGAUUUGAAGAAAUCCAAAUUCAGGCUUAACAAAGGCGAUGCACAGCUCGAUCUUACGUUUCAAGCUGCAACCACGCUAGCUGGAUCUGGUGGCCACGACCAGAGUGGGCUGUCGUCGGCCGCUAUUCCUCAUCACGUGUCGGAUGUGCUGUCGGAGAUUACGUACUACGUGUAUAUGGCACGCCGAACGCCUAAAGCUAUACUGUGUAAACACGUUCGUCCCAUUUGGGUACCGGCGGAAUAUCCGGCCACCAUACAGCGCCUGUUCGAGUGGACCCCCGACGAAUGCAUUCCAGAGUUCUUUGUCGACCCGUCCGUGUUUAAGAGUAUUCACGAAGAUCUGCCCGAUCUGGAGAUUCCCAGCUGGUCUAGCUGUCCGGAAGAUUUCGUGAUGAAGCAUCGCGAGCUGCUGGAAAGCCAGUACGUCUCGGAACGGUUGCAUCACUGGAUUGACCUUACGUUCGGUUACAAAUUAACCGGAGCGGCUGCAGUGCGCUCCAAGAACGUGUGUCUGUCGCUUGUCGAUAAGCAUCAGAACCUGUGCCACCGGGGAGUCGUGCAACUGUUCGCUUGUCCGCAUCCGCUAAGGCAGUUCCCCACGGCGUGGAACGGCAAAACACCUCCACGAUUGCAACAUCUGCAGCACGAAACCAAUCGUCGGCUCACGCGCAGUACCGAAGACCUCACCAGAUAUCCUCAGACGAUGAACGAUGGCUCGUCGUCGGGGACCAUCCAAAGAGAUCGUUCGCCAGCGACCGUCGGUACAGGGUCGACCACCUCCUACAGACAUUCCACGCAGAAUCUCCAGCAGCAGUACCACGUGCUCAAGUCCUCCGAAUCAAGCUACCACAUAAACCAUCUGCAGCCCAAAUCACCCGGCGCAAUCGUGCUCCCGAAAAGCUAUAAUCCAAUCGCUCAACUAACGGCUGUGGAAAGUUUGGGCACGUUUCGCCGAAAGGUGUUCCACUCGGGCGGUGAACCGGUCACGAACAAACCGCCCGACGAGUACGAUCUCUGGUGUACGCGUAUGGACGCGCGUCCGUUCGCGCUAGGUGGAAAUGCAUUUGUGAAUAGAAUUUUUAGCGAAAGCUACGAACGAACCCUUCGCAAAGAACGUCCGGGAAUGGCGGCCCAACCGUCUACGUCGCUACAGCAGCAAGCGUCCGCCACCCGUCAAAAUCUCAAACAACUGUUGCUUCAGCAGCGUAACAAAGAUCUCAAAGUUCUCGGCUGUCUGGUGGUGGAGUUGUUUCUCGCUUCGAAGCUACUCCCGCUCGGUAGCUGUCUACGGCAGGAGUUUGACGAGCGAUUGGAUGCUUGCACGAGACUAGUGACCGAUGAACCGCGCGCACUUCCACCCUGUCUACUUCCGAUCGUACGGCAACUGCUGGGGCUAGACGACUGUAAUGCGGAACUGUCGGGAGUGACCGAGCGGGGCCUGCCACCACCAACACCCCACCAAUACCUGCAGCCGCUGCUUGCAAACCUACUCAUACCCUUCCCGGCACACUACCACCGUCUCUAUCAGACCGUGCGCGCCCUACGCGCAUUUGACGAGUGUCUCCAAUUGCUGGAACUUCAAACGUUCUUCGAGUGUGAUGGUAAAAGCUGCUCGCGCUACUCCGCGCUCGACCGGACGCGCAUCGAGUAUCGACGACUGAUUGCCGAGUGUAAGGUAAAUGCUUGUGUAGCUCUUGCAGAUCCACUGCUGCAACCGAGCGGGCAUAGGGAACAGUUCUCCGCCGUAGAAUUACUUCUGCCACACAUCGUUGAGUUGAUCCUGCACGACGAUACCUCAAUUCCGGCCGCUUGGAAUCUGUUUGAUGCAAUAGCGACAACGCUUGGCGUUCGUCGGACGCAGACCGCUCUGUUGCAGCCUAUUCUUGCCCUGUACGACUCCGACGAGAUGGAUACAGCCGUCGGAUCAUCGAGACCGCAAGGUGGUAAGGAUGGUUCGGCGCUCGGUGGCAAUGGGAUAAGCACAAUAGCGCCCGGCGAAGGAGAACCAUCCGCGUACCUCAAGUUUACUCCCCGAAACACUUCGUUCAAGUCGAAAAAGUCCGUCAAGCUGUACCAUCACAGCUUCCUCCUGAAGUUGAUCGUUCGCUUUGGAUUGCGCUGCUUUCUGGAGCACUUUGUCGUGCCUCUGAUCGAAGCAGUCGGAGGCUACCGGGAUGGCGAUUUCAACCAAUCUUACCACGUGCACGAACCAGUCUGGCCGUUCGGAGGGGAAUUCCGCAAGUCACGUUCCUACCGGAGCUUUAAACUUCACAACACCAACACCGUGGAGGAUGGGUCAACGGAGGCGGAGCCGGCAUCCCUAUCCAACACGCUCGUGUCUCCCAACUGUUCCGAUCGUACCAUCUCACCGACGGUCGCUGGACGGGCGGGUUACAAUCCGCUAGAUGAGGAGGAACUCCUCACGGCCGACACACCAGCUAGCAGUGCAAAGACGAUGAUGCGCGACAACGAGCAGAUGUUUGCGUUCGACGAAGAUCCACAAGCAAAUCGGCGAUCAACCAUCACGCUCGAAGAUGACGAUGCCGUGGAGCAUGCAAUGCGCCGCAUCAUAGACGACGAAGAGCUUGACCUGAAGCUAAAUCACUCGCAGGCAGAGGAAGCCUUUGAGGACAUGGCACCAGCCGGGGUACAGAACAGUGAGCUGAAGUCGCCCACAAUUCCUAUCCCUCCGACACCUUCCUUCAGGCGAAGCAUCGAGUUUCACUCGAUUGGGUGUGAAAUCGGUAGUAAAAAGAGCAUCGAUUCCGGGGAGUUUCUUUCGAAAACUCCGGACAUCGCGACGGAGCGAGCAGGCAAAGAGGGAGCUCCAGCAUCCACCGUCGGAAAUGCGACGGCUUCCACAGAAGGUCGUCGCGAAUCGCUCCUGAAUCGCUCCAAAUCGACCGAUUCGAACAAAACACGCUCGAACCGCAUAUCGGAAAUGAGUUCCGAAAGCAUCGUCUGGCUGUCGCACCGAUUGGGGCCGGUUCUGACUGCUCGCUACCUGUCCCGGAAUUUGCUGAAAAUGUUGACACUGUGCUACAUCGGUGCCGAGAACCUUUUCCCCUGUACCGAGGGUAGCCAAUCGAAUCGUUCCUCGCCAACAGCGGCCGGCAGCGGUGGUUGUCCAACUGGAUUGAACCAUUUCUCGAUCACGGAAGGAUGUGUAGUGGGCGAUGAGGCGGCUCUACGGGUUAUCGACUGCCUAACGUCGAUAUCUGCCCUGUUUGGAGAACACUUCAUUCUAGUGCAAUAUUUACCCCACAUAAGCGAGGUGAUUGCACUCUGCCGCAAACGGAUAACACCGACGCUAGAAGGUGGACUUAUCAGUGCGCUACAGCUGCUCAAAUGUCUCAUACCGUACCUCAACGAUUCGACCGUAAUGGAGCAACUUCCGGAGGUGUUUUUGCGGCAAAUUCUACAUCCAGCCGUCCGAUUGCUGGAAUCCUCCAAGUAUACGAUGCCGAGUGGAUUCCUCGCACGGUCCGUACUUGCCCGCAAGCUGAUCGAUGCUCUCUACGUCAUUUCCGUGCGUAUCGGGCGGGAAAUGACACGCGAGCACAUCUGUGUGCCGGGAUUGCAGCGAUUUUUCCUCAUCUUCGACAAGGCAUACGCUCGGCAGCAGGAACAUUUUUCCGCGGUCGUUGCGGAAACGUCCCAAGGAGAGCCUCCCUUUGGGAGCUUUACGCCACCGGGAGUUCUGGGAAGUGUCAGCGAUCAAGCCCAGGGACACCAAGCGCAAGGGAGUGCCCGUGCCAAAGCGAUGGAGGAAAUACGGGACGUGUUUACGCCGAACCUGGCGUACUUUACCUUCGUGCCCUUCCUUAACUACCUCGGCCAGCAGGACAUGAGUCGGUGCGUAAGCAAUCUGCCGCUCGUGUUGAAUCUAUGUCACGAGCACGAACAGAUGGAUUAUGGCCGGUCGGGAGCGAACGCGCCGGGCGAUCCCGGUUCAAUGCAGCCCGGUACAACCGCAACCGAUGAAGAGCAGAUGGACUCACUGAACUGCUCCAACAGCUUCGGGUCCAACAUCAUCGGCAAUCGUAUCGAAUCGUCGGCCGGUACACCCGGUUCGGGAAGAAUCGAGCAUAAAGACCUGCUCGGGCUGGUCACGUACCGGUUGGAUAAUGUAAACAGCUCGCGCAACCUUCGCGGCAACUGGUUGGCGUACUGGGAGCACGAAAUCGGACGGUCGGAAAAGGACACGCGGUUCAACCUGAAGCAGAUCAAGCUGCAAACGUACACGGGACAUACGAACUCGAUAAAAGCGGUACUGGCGCUCGACAACGAGAACAGCUUCAUAUCGGCCUCGAAGGACAAAACGGUCAAGCUGUGGUCGCUGCGUAGCGAGGGCGACGGUUCGAAGGUAUCCUCCUGCCAGUUUACGUACGCCAACCAUCGCAAAUCGGUACACUCUUUGGCGUUCCUUGAAGCGCUACGGUUAACGAUAUCGUGCGAUUCCGGCGUUCAUCUGUGGGAUCCGUUCGUGGGCGCUCAAAUUGGUCAGCUCGACGUGCCGAAACAUUCCCCGGUCUCGGUGGUAAAGACGUUUCCCUCCCCGAACUGUCUGGUGUUGGCUGGAACCGCCGACAGCACGGUCAAGCUGAUUGACGCCCGAACCUUCAGCUACUGCCACGAGUGGAAGGUGGCAUUGACACCGGCCGGCACCGUCCGAACGAUCGCCGUUGCGCCCAGUGCAAACUGGGUAGCGGUGGGCCUCACCUCAGGGCACAUCGGUGUGCUGGAUGCACGGACGGGCGGUAUCAUCUCAUCCUGGCGCACGAACGAUAACGAUCUGUUGCAACUGCUAGCUCCAAACGAUGCGCAGCUGGUGAGCUCAAGCCUCGACCAGAUGAUAGGUGUGUGGAGCCCGAACACAGGCCAUCUUCAAUUCCAUAUGAGAAAUCGUCCCGAACCGGCCCACUGCAUGGUAAACAAUGGGCCAGAAUUGAUCGUCGGCACACCGACCAACCGUAUCGGGGUGUACAGCGCAAUCGAACCGGACUCACCCUACUCGUACACCAAGCUGCGAUCGGAAACGUUCCGCGGCGUGUUGACCAGCUUCGCCCUGCUGCCGCUCAACCGGAUGAUGCUGGUCGGUGGUGACAACGGUACCAUUACUCUAUUAUGUUAAGAUCUGACCGAAAAAUAGCUGCUCAUCAGUAGUGAUAUUAUUACGAACUAGAUACAGAUUUUUUGUUUGUUUUAUAAGUGAUCAUCAGUUUCUCCUUGCGGGAGCUACGUGUGUGCGUGUGUUUCUGUGUUGGUGUUUUUUUUUGUUAUAGAAAUGUGUUGAAAACCCUAAUAAAACCCAAUAUUCGAAUGAGUAUAACCUUGA